CUGGCCAUAUUUCAGGAGGCAAUCGAAGAGUAUCAAACCGCUCGAACCAUCGGCACGAUUACCGGCCAAACCGGGGCCCUUUCCCACCCAAGUCAUCAAGCAUGAGCAACCCAAGCAACACGGCACCGGGGACUGCAGCCCCUGUCCAACCAUCCGCCAAAUCCUCAACGGCUGCUCCGAAACUGAACAACGAGAUGGAAAUGGGGGAUCUGCCGGGCGAUGCGGCCCAGAAUGACAUCAUGCAGAUUGCUCGCGUGGGGGACAUACCCGCCAUGGAGAAGCUGUUUGAGUCGAGCGAGUUCGAUGCGACCUACACCGACGAGGAGGGGAUCACACCAUUACAUUGGGCUGCGAUCAACAAUCAGUUUGCCAUGUGCAAGUUCCUCAUCGACAAGGGCGCCGAUAUCAAUAAGAAGGGCGGCGAGAGCGUCGCAACCCCCCUCCAGUGGGCGGCGCAGCGGUGCCACUACUACACCGUCCACCUGCUGCUGCAACACGGAGCCGACCCCCUCAUCACCGAUGCCCAGGGCUACAACACGCUCCACAUCAGCACAUUCAACGGCAAUGUCCUGCUGAUCGUCCUGCUCCUGCACCAAGGUAUCCCCGUCGACGUCGAGGACACGUUCGGUCACACGGGACUGAUGUGGUCUGCCUACAAGGGGUUCCCGCAGUGCGUCGACCUCUUCCUCCGCUGGGGAGCCAGCGUCCACGCCACCGAUGAGCAGGGCUUCACCGCCUUACACUGGGCGCUGGUCAAGGGAAGCCCGGGGUGCAUACAGAAGAUGAUCGAGUAUGGGGCGGACCGGUUCGCAAAGACCCAAACCGGCAAGACCCCGGAAAUAACGGCCCAGGAGUUGAACACGGCCAACGCGUGGCACAGAGCGCUCAAGGAGUGCGGGUAUGACAGCGACGGCAACCCGCAUGUGCCCAGCUUCCCGGGUGCGGCGCACUUCCUGAAGGACAGGAAGACGUUCAUAAACCGGUUCCUGUUCCUGUGGCCUUUCUUGGUUGUGUGGGCGAUGCUGGUGAUCGUGGCGGGGAUGCCAAUUUACGCUGGGGUGCCGAUCUCCCUCGUCGUUGGCUAUGGACUUCAAUGGAUGGCACAGCAGGUUCUGACCUACGCGCCACCCGAUAUGAGAUCGCUGCAGCGGACGCCGUGGUUGUCGGGCAUCUUUGCGGGCUCGCUCUUCCUAGUCGGCGUCAGUUGGUUAUUUACCAUCUUCCCACGCACGGCACUCCGAGCAGACCCGUUGCAGACGCACUGGCUACUGAACUUGGCAUUCGCUGUCGUGUUCAGUCUCACGACGUACUUCUUCAUAACGAGCAUGAUGUACGACCCCGGGUUUGUGCCGAAACUGAACGGUAUUGCGGAGCAGAAGGCUGUCAUUGAUGAGCUCAUCGGCCUCUGGAAGUUCGACGAGACAAACUUCUGUGUUACGUGCAUGAUCCGCACGCCGCUCAGAAGCAAGCACUGCCGGAGAUGCCAGCGCUGCGUCGCGAAGCAUGACCACCACUGCCCCUGGGUCUACAACUGCGUAGGCAUCAACAACCACAGGCACUUCUUCCUGUACCUGAUCAACCUCGCGCUCGGCAUCAUCUCCUACGAUUGGCUCAUCUACUACUACUUCUCAAAUAUAGAUCCAAGUGUCUCGGACCAAUGCAACCUCCUCGCCCCUUCGAUUUGCCGCGUGGUCAACGCCGACAGCUACACAAUGAUACUAACCAUGUGGACCACGCUCCACCUGACAUGGGUGAGCAUGCUUCUCUUCGUGCAGUUCAUCCAAGUUGCCCGCGCCAUGACCACCUACGAGAACAUGUUCGGCGUUGGCCACCACUCGGCCGCAUCCCUAAACAGCGUCUUCACCUCCACCGGCGCGCCCCUCGACCCCAGCCAGCGCCCGCUCGCCGGUUCCACAGCCUCCCCGGGCGCCGCCGCCGACGGCCAGGGCCACGGCCACCGGCACCGGCACAAGGGCUUCCUCAAGCAGUGGAGCCAGCUGCUGGGCGUGGACGCCUUCAUCGAGACGGCCACGGGCCGCGGCGCCGCGACGGGGUCCAAGAACAAGCGGAGGAAGUGGAACCCCUACAGCCAGGGCUGCCUCACCAACUGCCGCGACUUCUGGUGCGACCCGGCGCCCGUCUUCGGGAGGCGCGACACGGGCGCCGCCGUGCUGGGCGGCCACGCUGUCAACUACACCGAUAUGUACGAGAGCCCGGGCUUGAUGGACGCCUCGGGCGGGAGGUCGGGUGGGUAUCAGCCUGUUGCUGGGGAGGAGGUCUGAGGGUUUGUUGGAUGUUGUGGCUUUUGGGUUGCUGAGUCGGUUCACCGAGAGGGUAUGUAAUGUAUACCUGCCAAAAGGGGUGGUUAGGGCGGGAAAGGGACUGGCGCAAACCCCAGAGAGGGGUUGAGGCGAUGGCCACGAUACGAUUAGAUGGGUCGGGUUGUAAUUAUUUGGCUCUCCGUGCUAUCC